GGCAGGCGGCGGGGCGGGCGCAGGAUGAGGGCGGCCAUUGCUGGGGCUCCGCCGCGGGGAGGAGGACGCUGAGGAGGCGCCGAGCAGCGCAACGCUGCGCGGGAGGCGCCCGCGCCGACUUGGGGCUCAUGGCCAGGACCACCAGCCAGCUGUAUGACGCUGUGCCCAUUCAGUCCAGUGUGGUGCUAUGUUCCUGCCCAUCCCCAUCAAUGGUGAGGUCCCAGACUGAGCCCAGCUCGUCCCCUGGCAUUCCUAGUGGUGUUAGCAGGCAGGGAUCCACCAUGGACGGCACCACAGCUGAAGCCCGGCCAAGCACCAACCCCUUGCAGCAGCACCCUGCCCAGCUGCCACCACAGCCUCGCAAGAAACGCCCUGAAGACUUCAAGUUUGGGAAAAUUCUUGGCGAGGGCUCUUUUUCCACAGUUGUUCUGGCCCGAGAACUGGCCACUUCCAGAGAAUAUGCUAUUAAAAUUCUGGAGAAACGUCAUAUUAUAAAAGAAAACAAAGUCCCGUAUGUAACUAGAGAGAGAGAUGUGAUGUCACGCCUGGAUCACCCCUUCUUUGUGAAACUUUACUUUACAUUUCAGGACGACGAAAAGCUGUAUUUUGGCCUUAGUUAUGCCAAAAAUGGAGAGCUACUUAAAUACAUCCGCAAAAUUGGUUCAUUUGAUGAGACCUGUACCCGAUUUUACACAGCUGAGAUUGUGUCUGCUUUAGAGUACUUGCAUGGCAAGGGCAUCAUUCACAGAGACCUUAAACCAGAAAACAUUUUGUUAAACGAAGACAUGCACAUCCAGAUCACAGAUUUUGGAACAGCAAAAGUGUUAUCCCCAGAGAGCAAACAAGCCAGGGCCAACUCAUUUGUAGGAACAGCACAGUAUGUUUCUCCAGAGCUGCUCACAGAGAAGUCGGCGUGUAAAAGUUCAGACCUUUGGGCCCUUGGAUGUAUCAUCUAUCAGCUUGUGGCAGGACUCCCACCAUUCAGAGCUGGAAAUGAAUAUCUUAUAUUUCAGAAGAUUAUUAAGCUGGAAUAUGAUUUCCCAGAAAAAUUCUUCCCUAAGGCAAGAGAUCUUGUGGAAAAACUCUUGGUUUUAGAUGCCACAAAGCGUUUAGGCUGUGAAGAGAUGGAAGGGUACGGGCCUCUCAAAGCUCAUCCAUUCUUUGAGUCCAUCACAUGGGAGAAUUUGCAUCAGCAGACACCUCCGAAGCUCACAGCUUACUUGCCAGCCAUGUCAGAAGAUGAUGAAGACUGCUAUGGCAAUUACGACAAUCUCCUGAGCCAGUUUGGCUGCAUGCAGGUGUCAUCCUCCUCCUCUUCCCACUCCCUGUCUACGGUGGAUGCCAGCCUGCCCCAGAGGUCGGGCAGCAACAUAGAGCAGUACAUCCAUGAUUUGGACACUAACUCUUUUGAACUAGACUUACAGUUUUCAGAAGAUGAAAAAAGGUUGUUAUUGGAAAAGCAAGCCGGUGGAAACCCUUGGCACCAGUUUGUAGAAAAUAAUCUAAUAUUAAAAAUGGGCCCAGUGGAUAAGCGAAAGGGUUUAUUUGCAAGACGACGACAAUUAUUACUCACAGAAGGGCCACAUUUAUAUUAUGUUGAUCCUGUCAACAAGGUCUUGAAAGGUGAAAUUCCAUGGUCACAAGAGCUCCGACCAGAAGCCAAGAAUUUUAAAACUUUCUUUGUCCACACGCCUAACAGGACGUAUUACCUGAUGGAUCCAAGCGGGAAUGCUCACAAGUGGUGCAGAAAGAUCCAGGAGGUUUGGAGGCAGCAGUACCAGAGCAAUCCAGAUGCUGCUGUGCAGUGACGCGGCCUGCGGCCGGGCUGCCUAUCGCUGCCAGGAUACCUGCCCCAGCGCGGCUCGGCCGCCACCCAGGACACUUCCAGACCACCUGCCAGCCAUCUCGAGGAGAACAUAGAUGGCAGAAACCUUGCAGCUUUUUUAUUUAAAAGAAAAGAAGAAAAAAGAACCCAACCACACAAAGAACAAAACAAAUCGCCAACAAACAGGAAUUCAGGGUCGCUUUGCUUGCUCUCUGUGCUCUGUGGUGGCUUCCUUGCACUGCUGUGGCCAUGGAGACCCAGCUCCUUGCACGGUAGUCCAGCUUCUGCCCAGACCAGUGGCCAGAUUUGGCAUCACCAGCCCCUCCUAGCACCCACAGGAACUGCAUGUCUGCCUCUGCCCUUCCCCGCCUGAUACACACAGCUCCUGCUGUGACUGAGGGACUGGGUGUAUCUGGCCUACCCCAGUUGUUGCAGAAUCCUUCACCAGGAGCCCCUUCACUCCUCUCCUGGGGUAGUCACCAGCUUGCUGUGGGGACAAGGCUGUUAGCUUGUGUAUGCUCUCCCUUCCUUGAAUCCCUCGUAUGGCCCUAGAAAUUUGGUCAGGUGUGUUUCUGGUGACAUUAUUUCUGUGGUUCCUGCCUUACAGUAGGCAGGUUAUACGGUGAGAAGAAUGAAGGCUGUUGUAGUUACAGGUGCCCUUACUGGGCUCUGCUCUAGCGUUCCACUUCCUAGAAGUUUAUCCGGUGAACUAGACACCAAGCCAAGCACCUGUCCAGGAGGGUUGCUGUUAUAUCAGCACCUAGGUAAUACCAACUAGAUUAUUAUCAGAUACAGAAUUCUGUCCUGAACCUGGACAAGGCUGGAGGUACUAUGGAGAAUCCAGCCUGGGCUCCUGCUUCCAUGUAGAGAAGUGGGGCAGCAGGCCCUCUUGGGAGUUUCUGCACAGGUUUAAGUGUGUAGACCACAUGCCCUAUGAGGCAGGCACUGAGAAAACCCUAAGGUGUGCCCCAUUAUCCCUCCUAGCCUCACCUGGGAUGCAGUAGGUAAACACUUCUCAGCUAGCUCCAUUUUUACAACUCUGUUGAAAAUCUAAAAGCCUUCCCAUGUUGCCUGGUCACCUACUCCCAUAAAGUGUGGGCCUUGCCUGGAAAGAAUGUUAUCACUGUCUUGCUCACAGGAACAGCCCUCUUAAUCUGAGCCUGCCUAUGCUGACAUAUCCAGUAUUGGGAAACUUCUUUGAUGCUAAACUGACAGUGCUUUGUUCUAUAAUACAGAUGGCUUGGGGUAUUUUGGCAUUUCUUGCAGAGUGCUUCUGAGGGACUUGGCUGUGCCUCUCUUUGACUUAAGAUGUCCCUGAGACUUGGUCCUUGGUGUCUAGUGGUUAAAAGUAGGAUCUCCCGUCAUAGUCUGCUCACAGCAACACCUCAGACUCCCAUGUCCCAAAGUUAGCAACAAUUUUGCCAUUUCUAUUAACUUUCACAAAGGCACCUCUAAAUAUCCAUAACAGAAGUUACCCCAGUUCUGUCUGCAGUGACCACCUGUGGUCCAGGCCAUCUAAACUGAGAGGGGAAGAUUCUAUUCUCAAACCUUUAACAAUAAGAGUGAUUCUUUUAAGCUGGGGUGGAGUGUAGAUGAAAAGCCAGCCAUCAUGCUGUGGCAGGGGUGCUGGAUGGGUACAGAGAUUUUAUUUAGACUCAGCUAAAUUGUGUGAUAAGAGCUUCAGGUGUCCAAGGAGCAGGACCUCACUUGCCCGUAUAACCCAGGGAGCAGGUACUGUCUAGUAUGCUAUCAGCCUGAGAGUGAAAGUGGGCAUUCUUUUCUCUUGGUUUUUGAAGAGCCUGUGUUAGCUAAGUACACUUGGCUAUUUCCUCCUUGGGGUCCUGUUCCUGCUUACACCUUGUGGCUAUUUAGCCCUCAGAGUGCCCUGUAUCCUCCAUUUGUACACGUAAGAGUGGCUUCCUGCCUGUCACACCUGCCCUGCAUUCAGACACAGGGAAAGGCAUCUCUGAGGGCACUUAACUACAGGGACCAGAGGACUGAGGCUUGGCUUGAUUAGACCACAUGACUGGCUGUAUAUGGGAGAGUCCUUUGUUGCUUCCUUCCCUGGAGAGCAACACUACCUCCUGGACUUUACCAAGCACCACCCUAACCUCCAAAUUUAGGGUUCAGCUGAGCUAGUAGUGGGUGGCCACCAUGACUGCCCUAUGCUACAACAGCCAAGCUCUUCCCAGGUCACCUUUGUCCUUACUGCCCCCUUUUUCUUGAUUUUUUUUUUCUUUAACGAACCAUGCACAUUCUUUUCUUUCCUUGGCUUAAAUCACUUCAUUUUUUCCAGUCCUCCGUAGAGCUGUCACCCUGUAUGCAGGUGCCUUACUUUGUAGGACAGGAUGUGGGUGUCAGUUUGUACAACAGUGUGUGUGUGUGUGUGUGUGUGUGUGUGUGUGUGUGUGUGUGUAACAGUGACAGUAAAUGUAAAUGCAGGAUGUAUGUAAGGAGAGGAAGAGAUGCCCUAGUAGUACCUCUAGAAAUCAUGUGUCCAAGAAUGGCAAGGAUGGAAAGAAAGUUGAAGGAUGUUCUCUGGCUUCUCCUACCUAGGUACAGUGGACUGUAUCUCACAGCCCACUGCGCCCUGACUUCUCUCGGCAUCACGGAUGAAACUUAGCUUGGAUGAGUCAUUCCCACCUGUUUUUCUGUGCUCCAGCUGGGCAGUGGGCUCCCCGUGUAGAGCUGAGUCUCUCCACUCCAGGGAGUGGCAUCAUGGCUCAGCUGUCAUCCUGAGCUAAAACCCAUAGAUGCAGUAAAAACCACUUUGAGAAAGAUGGCUUGUGUUAGGCUGAAACUGAUAGAAACUGUACCUGCUGCAGCCCUCUUUGGGCCACCCUAGUGUUUGUGAUUCAUGCUUGAAGUAACCUUGCAGACAGUUGUGUGGCACAGACUUCCAGUGCCAGCAAGGGGGCCGUAAUUGUGUGCUUUCUUUAAAGAAGUUUAUGUUUUCUGAAAGCAAAAGAAUAAAGGAAGGCCCGUCAUUCAGAGACCACUGUGAGCGUUUUGAUGUAGAUCCUGUUCUCCCAUACUUUUUUUUGUUCCAGGGCUGGGAAUUGAAUUAUGAGGUUCAGGAGUGCUAAGCAAGUGCUCUACCACUGAUAAGCAGUCCUUGUUUGCUUUUUAAACCAAACUGGGAACACAUACAUUUAUCAUUCUAUAUCCAGCUUUUUCACUUGACAUUUUCUCUUAAGCAUUUCUCCAUGCCAUGAGUAGUUCUUCAAAAGCAUGUUUCUGAUAAUUGUGGAUUCAAAUGGUUGUAAAUUUAUAAGUUAUCCAAUUGUUUCCUUGUUGUAAAACAUUCGGAUGGUUUUUGUGUUUGCUUUGUGUUUUGUUUUUGCUAUUUAAAUAAUGCUGUGGUCAAUAUACUUAUAAGUCUUUGAUUUUUAUUCUGAUUUUACCCCUUCCUCACAUACCUGAAGUGGUAUUUUUGGGUAAAAGAGUUUGUUCAUUUCACAGCUAUUCUUCCUUGGUCUGAUGUUUAGAGGCUCUGCGUUCCAGUUACAAACCUUCCUUGUGUCCUACAGAUUUUGAAUACAUCAAUUCUUGCUAAGCUGUGUGUUCCCAAGAAAGUUUGACUAUGACUGCUUUGUUUUAAUGCUAAAAUGUCAUUACUGCAGAUUCCUUUGUGACAGGUUUUUUUCCAAAAGCCAGUUUCUUCAUUCUCAUUGCAAGAAUCUGCUCCUGCAUGUUACUUCUUUUCAUCUCUGCUGCUAAGGCUUCCAAGUGCUCCGUGAGGUUUUCAGAAUCUUGUACUUUGUGUCCACGAUGGUACUGAAUCUGCUUCUACACAGUCAGCAGAGAUAAAGUGUUGAACUGACCUUGCCACAUGCCUAAUGGGUAAUUCAUAAUUAAGUUUAUAGACUCAGAAAUGCAUUUGGGCCAUUUGGGAAUCAUUAGCAAAGAAGAAUAACAGCUCUUCUUGGAAAAGAAGCCACACAGAUGAUUGGGUUUUACCAAAAGUACAGUUGUGAAUGUUCUUGUUCCACACCUCAGGUCUUGGUUCAGGACAGCACAGUGGCCAGGCUUUUUCAUUGCCAAGGAUGGGUAUCCCAGCUGAUGCUUAUGUAAACCUCCUUGUGUGCUGCAGUGCUGCAGAUAGCUAUAGUGCCCAUCCAAAUUGGAUAGUAUCUUUGUAUGUGUUGGGUGGUGCCUGCUGGUUCAAUUUGGAAACAUGCAACAGAGAUUUUCUGGGCACCAUACUCAGUGUUACUUGACUGUCAGAGCUUAGGGCUGGAGAUGUGCAGAAAUCAGUUUCCUGCCCUUCUCUGCCUCAAGACUUCUCCCCACUGUUCUAUAGACCCAGGGUGUUCUUAGCUGAUUCUUGCGUGGCCACAGCAACUCUGAGUAUGGUGAAGAUGCGGCCAUACACUUUUUCCAUUUGCUUUAAUGCAAAACCCAACAUAAACUGAUGGUGAUGCCAGUGGGUGUAGCACUUCUUGGGUAGAACAUAUGACAAGGGCAGGGACCACUCUCAAAACCUCUGAAGAUAACUGGCUUCUGGCCUCACACUUCAGGGUAUUAAGUCAGAGUGUGGAAAAGUGGCCUACGAAGGAAGCUGUUUCUGUCAAAAGCACUUUUGCAGUGGUGAGCAAAUGAAUUAGCCAAUAUAAGUACCUGAAAUUUCCCUGUAAUUCAUUUCUUCCAUUUGAAGAAUCCAAACUGUACAGAAGUUUUUACAAAUGGCAAAACUUCCCCUCCCCAUGUAGUCCACCCUAGUUUAAUCAUCUGGGUUAAUGACUGCAAAUGGGUCACUGUGCAGGUGAAAGCCUCCAUUAUGACCAUAGUGUGAUUGGACAUGCACAAAUUAAACACUGUUACAGUAUUUAGAGCUGCUGCGGCUGUUCCAUAGCCACGUACAGUAGGAUGAAUCAAUAGUCUAUUGCUGUCAUUCAGGUUGGUGGCAGUCAGUUAGAACAUGUGUAAUAUUCUCUACCUGGUCUGUAGCUGUAACUGUGAUGUACAGGCAAAGGAAAAAUUAAAAAUACUUAUGAAAACAGAUAAUGCAAUGAUACUAGGAUAUACACUUUUGUAUUUUUAUUCUUAUAUAAGGUUAUUUGCUGGCUAUUGUCGGCCUCUAGUUCAGUCUGUGUUAUUUAAAUUCUAAUAUAUGAAUUAUUUGGAUUGAAUUCAUGUUUGGGGCCACGUUGUUGUAUGUAUUGAUGUACAGCCUUGAAUGUGAAUAAUUAUUGUAAACUAUAUUUUACAACUUUUUUCCUGGCUUUAUUAUAUAAAUUUUCUAUUUGGUCAUGGUUUAAUCAUA